CUACUGAGACACUCUUCCUUACUAAUAUUUAAUCGUCUGGCAGUGUUUGGGCUUCCUCGAGUGGACUGGACGCCUAUACAGUCACCCAUCCGACCAGUUAGUUUUGUUUGAGUACAGUUCCUCAGCAGACAGACAGAUAAGCAGACCAAGAUGUUCACGUUAAGGAGUUUCAUAAGAUUACCUGCGAUUGUUUCCACACGGCCAAUUUCCUCGAGUGUGGUCACAUACGCCACGACACCACCACAGGACUCGCCAGGGCAGCAGAAGCAGGAGGAACCGGUCGAGGAAUGGAAGCAGAAGGGCAGAAUCAACGCCAAGAAAUCCAUGAAAGUGAACUUGGUGGGGGGGAAGCGGUACAUGUGGUGUGCCUGUGGCUACAGCAAGAACCAGCCCUUCUGUGACGGGACUCAUCUCUGGAGCAGAUUUCGUUUGAAGAUCAAGCAACAUCCAGUCUUCUUCAAGGCCCCUAAGGACGGCAUAGUUGGCCUCUGCCUGUGCAAACAGACCAAGAAGCCUCCGUACUGUGAUGGCACCCACCGCAGGAAAGAAAUACAAGAGGCAGUCAUCGUCGAGAAUCCUUGAAAAUGCAGAGGAUUGUAAUACUUAAUUGUUGAUGAUUAGUGCAUCCAUUAAUCUAUAAUAUACGCUUAAAGGCCUUACUAGUUGUCGAAGCGCAGUAAUAUAUUGUAACAUCUCGAUAUCUUGGUGUACUCUCAACCAGUUCGUGCAAUCAUUCGAAAAUUUCUGUAACACAAAGAAAAUCUCACAAUAUCGUUGCAUUUUUUUAUCAGUGCCAUACACAAUUAAUUUAGCGUAAUUUGGUGAAAAAUACAACUGUAUUGAGCGAGUCAUAUCCUGCUUGUAUUUUAACUGGGAAUAAUUAUCGUAAAUACAGUAUAAUUUGUAAUGUGCCAAAUUACCCUUAACAUCUAUAGAAGAACAUUACGCCUUGAAAUACCCAAAUUAGGCUUCCUCAUUAAGUUCUCUUCUUAGUACCAAUUGUAUUCCAGAGCUUGACUGUAGCAUCAACUUGGUAUAUCUUAUCAUCUGCACUUUAAAACUAAUUAUUCAUAGUCUACUGCCUUAUAACUCACACUCAAAUAAAAGUGGCGUUUCCUUUCAUAAUGAGAUGGUGAAUAUAUUGAGAAGGAAGUAUGGGAAGUAAGUUACAAAAUUGCUAAGGAAUCCUACAGAGGAAUUGGACUGUAUCUAAAACAUAUCCAAGUAAUGGCCUUGAGAAUCGAUCACUUUACUCUCAGAAGGAUGAUCCAAGUUUAAUUUAAAAUUUUAAUGUGAAGAUAAAUUUUAAGGUUUAUGUGUAACGUUAUAACAAUUUAAGUCAUUUGUUUCAGUAUUGGGGCAAAAAUGGUUUUACCUACAGUACAGUAUUGUUAAAUUUAGCUUCAUAUGUCAAGUUUGUCGAACCUGCAGAAAAUAUUUUCCUUUUAUUAAAUUAAGAUCUUAUUACAGAUUACGUAUUCCUGUCUUGUUUCUGUACAUUACAUGAACAAUAUUUUCUUGGUUUUAGUUAGUGGAGAUUUUUUUUCCACUCGUGGGUUCCUAAUUAUCUCAUUUCCUUAUUGAAUUGUAUUUCAAUUUACACUUCUAAGUAUAAAGAAGAAUUUAAGCUCAGGUUCAAUCAGAAUUAAAAAGAUACAUACUGAGUAUUAAAUGUUAUUAGGGUGUGUAUGUAUGGAUGAUUGAUGUAUAUAUUUCUCUUAAUAAAGACAUCAGUGU